AUGGCCGUCCCCGCAGGUGUGAUUGCCCCGAUCGUCCCAUUGGCUGGCUUAGAUCAGUUGAAAGACGAUUGCAAGCGCCUCCUGAACGAAAGCGCGAUGCAAUACAGGGGAUUGCAGGAGAUCCUGUCUGAUGCAUUGGCAUUGCUCCCGACAGAGACAGCAUGCCUCCCGAUCGUUCGGAGGAUUGGCAUUGACAUCGACACAGCGAAAGCUCUUUUGGUGAGGAUGAGACUGAUUGAGCAUUGCAUCGGUGGAGUGCUGCUCAACAAUGCAAGCCUCAAGACAUUGGAGCCGCAAGCUGGAUUGAAUCCAUUGAGGCUUGGAUCGUACGCGACAUGCCUCAAAACGGAGGAUUGGCCCAGUCCAGAGGGCAUUGGUCCUUCCGUGGGAUUGGCAUGGCUCAUUGUCGCUUACAGUGCGCAGGCUGGAAUGCGCGUUGGUGCAGUCCAACAUGGGUUGCCAUUGGCAUUGGUCACUGCUCAGAUUGGAAGUGAGAUGAUCCUGGAUGGCUCAUUGAUGGCGAUGCCCUUCUUCCUGGCAUUGCCAGAGUCAUUGAUGCGAAGCGUGGUGGCAGACGGCGUCAUUGCAUUGGAUGGUUUUCCGUGUGGUCAGGCAAAUGCCUUCACCACCAUUGACCAGGCAUUGGUGAAGCUCCAUCAGUGGUGCGAUCAGGGCGGAUUGUUGCAUUGGCACAACCAGUCUUACUGUGGCCAUUGCUUGAUCGUGGAGGCCAUUGAAGAUGGCAACUACCGCCUGAACCCGAUUGAGCUGUUGACUGCGAUGGUGGUUGACACUCGAUUGUCACUGAAGGCCCUUUUGGACGGAUUGAAUUGGGACUUGAGUGGCACAACGGAGCAGUUUUCGUUCCACCGCCACAUUGCCGUCCCGACACGCCUGAGCAAGCUGAUUGGUGCAGGACGCACCGCAGGCAUUGGCUCGUCGGCCAUUGCUGGAAGCGCAGUGGCAAGGGCCAUUGGCGAAGGCCAGAUUGGCAGCUCCGAGCUCACGAUCGCAAGCGGAGGCAGCCGAUUGAGGAUUGCCCUCAACGUCCACCAGAUGGACUGA